AUGAAGCAGCGUAGAUGGCAUCGACGUGUCUUUACCGGCUGCGCCAACUGCCGUCGGAGGCACGUCAAAUGCGAUGAACAAACUCCCGUUUGUGCCAACUGCACGCGCCUUGGCCAACAUUGUAGUUUCGACCUCAAGUUUGUGUUUAGCAAACCCCCAAAACCCAAAGCUCCUCAACGCCGGUGUCGACCCGCGGGUGAGCGACCGGACGGGGAUACGAUUCAGUCGGUGCUAGAUUACGCGAUUGAGUCGUACGUGGACACUACAACAGAUUUAACCCUUGACCUUCAUGCUCUAGAAGAUCAAACUCAGCCUGAGUAUCAAGAAUCCCAUAAUUCUUUCGGGCUGGAACGCAGUCAGCCUACAUCUAGCCAACUUGCUACCAUAUCGAUGCCGACUCUCCCAGAACUCGUUCAAACUUCCGUGGCAAGCCCGCUCAACUCCAACCAAAGUCGCUAUUAUCAGCAUUUCCUCUUCACGGUGUCCACAUACCUCAUCAUCUGGGACACUCCCUCCAACUCUAAUCCAUAUCGCAUGCUGCCCAGCUUGGUGAGCAGCUCUGGUCUGCUCCAAAAUACAAUGGAAGCUCUCGGAGCCAUGCAUCUGUCCAGCCUACCGCAGACACAAGAUCGCCAAGUUCACCGGAACGAGGCUAUAAACAUCUACACCAAUGUUGUUACGAAUCUUCGCGAAGCCCUAUCUUCACAACGAGCACAGCCCGAUCUCGAGCUCCUCGCCACCUGUCUUCUUCUCUGCAUGUUUGAGAACAUGUCAGCCACUGACGCCUCCUGGAAGGUCCAUCUUCUCGGCGCUGGACAGACCCUGCAAAGAAUGUACAGUCCGCGAACCGGCCUCCCUUACGGUUGCGGAUCGGGUGGCCAGGCUGCCGAGGAUAUGCCCUCCUUACGGCGCUUUCUAGUGUCGUUAAUGUCAUAUCUUGAUAUUGCUGCCUCCUGCGCGACUGGAGAGGAUCCCAUCAUACCGGGUGACUACUGGGAGACAUUAGGCGGCGGGUGGGAGUACAACCUGGGCGUUCCAACUUUUGCCACCGUUCGUCGUCCCGUGGAUCGAGCUAUGGCCCAAAUUCGCAGCUCAUGGUCCAGAAUCAUGUCUAUUCAAACUGAUAUUAGCAAGUUUGCCAAGGCACAGCGGUCCGGGCUUGAGAAGAGGCAGCGAGAAAUGAUCCAAGGCGACCUUACGUACCGUAUCAGAAACUGGCAUGAUAGUGCCCCUGGCGUCUUUCUGCAACUUGAGUAUCUGGACAACAUCCCGAGUGAUGCCACGGACGAAGAAACCGAGGCUCUUACUGCCGCGGCUUGCGUAUACUGCUAUGCACUUGGAUGUGCUGUGUAUCUUGACAGGGUCGCGAAUAGGAGAGUCGGCAGUGCUGCUUUUGAUAUGGAAAUAAAAGCCACUGUUGACCGCAUGAUGACUCUUAUAGUCAACUUCUCUAGCGGAGUCAACCAGUUGGCCAUGCUGUGGCCUCUUCUGACUGCUGGUAUUGCCACGGUUGAUACACAUCAACAGGAUCUUUGUCGCAGUUGGUUGGGGAAUAUGACAGGCUUUGGUUUCAAGCAUGUUUUCCGAGUAUUGGAUACUUUGGAAUAUGCUUGGCGGCACAUGAAACGUUAUGGAGAAGUAAAUUACGAAGUGUUUGAUGCACUGAUAUCAUCUAAUCUGGUUCCCUGA